CUGGGAUGGCAAGGGUGUACUGUACACACAAAAAAAGAGUCAUCUUUCACACACAAAAAAAGAGUCCAAACCCCAUCCCAUGGCGACGCCGCGACCCCUCCUUCUCCUCCUCGUCGGGCUCGCCGCCACUGCCGCCGCUGCCGCAGGGGACGCGCCGUUCGUGGUGGCGCACAAGAAGGUCGCGCUGUCCCGUCCCGGCCCCGGCGUUGAGCGCCUCGCCGUCACCCUCGACCUAUACAACCAGGGUGCCGCGACUGCCUAUGAUGUUAGCCUGAAUGAUGACUCUUGGCCACAGGAUGCAUUUGAUAUUGUCUCUGGAAGCACAUCAAAGAUAGUUGAAAAGCUUGAACCCGGUGCUACUGCUUCCCACAACUUCGUUUUGGAGACUAAAGUACAGGGCAGGUUUCAGGGUUCUCCUACAGUUAUUAAAUAUCGUGUUCCCACAAAGGCUGCACUUCAGGAGGCCUAUUCGACCCCCAUCCUUCCACUUGACAUCCUUGCUGAGAGACCCCCACAACAGAAGUUUGAAUUGGCUAAGAGAUUUGUCGGAAAAUACGGAUCGCUGGUGUCUGUUGUUUCCUUUGUUGGUAUGUUUGUGUACCUGGUCGCCAGCCCAUCGAAAUCCAGUGCUUCAAAAGGAAGCAAGAAGAAGCGCUGAAUAAAUAUGUUUGUUUGCUACCCUUUUUGUAGUAGUUGAUUUUCAUCUGAGAAACUUUACAAAUUGAUACUCCUUCAAGCUUUGAGUUGCUCCCAUGUACUGUGAUGAAGUAGCCAGGACUAAGUUGUCACUAAUUUUGGCCCCUUGAGAAUCUCAGGUGAAACCUGAGCACACUGUCUUUAACAAGAGUAGUAGAUCUUAUAAUACUUUCAAUCAUUUGAGAUUCUGAAUGCUCGGUCCGGGCCUUUCAGCUAUGAAUAUUUUCACAUGAAAAGUGGAUAUAUAUAGCUUUGCUUUUUCCCUGCC